GGCCCCGCCCCGGCCCCGCCCCGGCCCCGCCCUCCCCGCUGGCUCUGCGGGCGCCCGGCAGCUGCAGCGGGCGGCCGGGGCUGCGCGCUCGGGACGCGCGGAAUGUGAGGCGCGGCGAGCCGCUGCGCACGGACGCUCGCGCGCGCGAAGGGCGGCGACCCCUCGAAGACAGUCGGCCGCGCCCGGCGCUCCGCUGCGCGACGCGCGGGUCCGGGCUCUCGCGCUCGCGCGCCCUAGUGCCCUCCUGGUGCCCUCCAGCGCGCCGGCGGGACCAUGAAGAAGUUCUCUCGGAUGCCCAAGUCGGAGGGCAGCGGCGGCGGCGGGUCGGCGGCUGGCGGGGCCGCGGGCGCCGGGCUCGGCGGCGGCUUCGCAAGCUCGUCCAUGGGGGUCCGGGUGUUCGCCGUCGGCCGCUACCAGGUCACCCUGGAGGAGUCGCUGGCCGAAGGUGGAUUCUCCACUGUUUUCCUGGUGCGGACUCACAGUGGGAUCCGCUGUGCACUGAAGCGAAUGUAUGUCAACAACACAUCCGACCUCAACAUUUGUAAAAGGGAAAUCACGAUUAUGAAAGAGCUAUCUGGCCACAAGAAUAUUGUUGGGUAUUUGGACUGUGCUGUCAAUUCAAUUAGUGAUAAUGUAUGGGAAGUGCUUAUCUUAAUGGAGUAUUGCCGAGCUGGGCAGGUUGUGAACCAGAUGAAUAAGAAGCUGCAGACAGGCUUUACAGAGUCAGAAGUCCUACAAAUCUUCUGUGAUACCUGUGAAGCUGUCGCACGAUUGCAUCAGUGUAAGACUCCCAUAAUCCACCGGGAUCUGAAGGUAGAAAAUAUUUUGCUAAAUGAUGCUGGAAAUUAUGUGCUUUGUGACUUUGGCAGUGCCACUAAUAAAUUUCUCAAUCCUCAAAAAGAUGGAGUUAAUGUAGUAGAAGAAGAAAUUAAGAAAUACACGACUCUGUCAUACAGAGCCCCAGAAAUGAUCAACCUUUACGGAGGGAAACCGAUCACCACCAAGGCUGACAUCUGGGCCCUGGGAUGUUUACUGUAUAAACUUUGUUUCUUCACUCUUCCUUUUGGUGAGAGUCAGGUUGCAAUCUGUGAUGGCAGCUUCACCAUCCCAGACAAUUCUCGCUACUCCCACAACGUGCAUUGCUUGAUUAGGUUCAUGCUUGAACCAGACCCCGAGCACAGACCUGACAUAUUUCAAGUAUCCUACUUUGCAUUUAAAUUCGCCAAAAAGGAUUGUCCGGUCUCCAACAUCAAUAAUUCUUUUCUUCCAUCAACUCUUCCCGAGCCGAUGACUGCUACUGAAGCUGCUGCUAGGAAAAGCCAGAUGAAAGCCAGAAUAACAGAUACCAUUGGACCAACAGAAACCUCAAUUGCACCAAGACAAAGACCAAAGGCCAAUUCCACUGCCGCCACUUCCAGUGUGCUGACCAUUCAGAGUUCAGCAACGCCUGUCAAAGUCCCUGCUCCUGGGGAAUUCAGCAACCACAAACCCAAAGGAGCAUUGAGACCUGGAAAUGGGUCUGAAGUCUUAAUGGUUCAGGGACCCCCUCAGCAACCCCCACAGCAGCAUAGAGUCCUCCAGCAGUUACAGCAGGGAGACUGGAGAUUACAGCAACUUCAUUUGCAUCGUCAUCCCCACCACCACCAGCAGCAACAGCAACAACAGCAACAACAGCAGCAGCAGCAACAGCUGCAGCAACAACAGCAGCAUCAGCAGCAACAGCAACUACUUCAAAAUGCUUAUCUGCAGCAGUAUCAGCAUGCAAUGCACCAGCAGCAGAUUCUUCAGCAACAGUUUCUAAUGCACUCAGUGUAUCAGCCACAACCUCCUGCAUCCCAGUAUCCUGCCAUGAUGCAGCAGUAUCAGCAGGCUUUCUUGCAGCAGCAGAUGCUAGCUCGCCAUCAGCAGCCAACACAGCAGGUAUCACCUGAGUAUCUUACCUCCCCUCAAGAGUUCUCGCCAGCCUUAGUUUCCUACGCCUCGUCACUUCCAGCUCAGGUUGGAACCAUAGUGGACUCUUCUUACAGUGCCAACAGGUCAGUUACUGAGAAAGAGGCAGUUGCAAAUUUUACAAAUCAGAAGGCCAUCAGUCACCCUCCUGACAUGUCAGGCUGGAAUCCUUUUGGAGAAGACAAUUUUUCCAAGUUAACAGAAGAGGAACUGUUGGACAGAGAAUUUGACCUUCUAAGAUCAAACAGGCUCGGGGAGAGCGCACCCUCAGAUAAGACUGUAGACCCGCUCCCCGCUCCACAUAGCCGUCCUCCGGAGGAGCCUUUUGCUUCCAUCCCUUUCAUUUCCCACUCAGGUUCUCCUGAAAAGAAAACAGAACAGCCUCCAAAUCAAAAAUCUAUCACUGCAAACCCUACCAAAAAUGGAAGCUCAAGUCCACUAUGCAAAGAUCAGCGAGCCGGAAAGAAAACCUCUGAGAAUCCCGUAAUUAGGGGUCAAGUGCAAAAGGGACAUGAUGAUUCUGAAAGCGAUUUCGAAUCAGACCCCCCUUCUCCUAAGAGCAGUGAAGAAGAACAAGAGGAUGAAGACGCACAGGGAGAACACGGGGACUUUAAUGAUGACGACACUGAGCCAGAGAACCUGGGUCACAGGCCUCUGCUGAUGGACUCUGAAGACGAGGAAGAGGAUGACAAACACAGCUCUGAUUCGGAGUGUGAACAAGCAAAGGCCAAGGGAGGAGACGCGAGCUCCCUGCGCAGGGACAAGCCUGGCGUGGCCCCGGACACAGCCCUCCUGACCCCUGCCCGGUCGCCUGCUGAUGCGCUGACUCCCAGUCAGGAGUUCGACGUGUUUGGCGCUGUUCCCUUCUUUGCGGUGCCCACUCCACAGAGCCUGCAGCACAGAGGGUAUGGGAAGAACCUGUCCCAGCAGGCGUUUCCAGAGCAGGAGGACUUUGACGUGUUCACAAGGGCACCCUUCAACAAGAAGGUCAGUGUACAGGACUGGCCCGCGGCGGGGCCAGACGCCCGUCCUCUGCCUGCACGGCCCAGAAGUGUAGAUGUAUUUGGCUCCACUCCCUUCCAGCCGUUUUCCGUGUCGGCCAGUAAAAGUGAAAGCAAGGAGGAUGUUUUUGGGCUCGUGCCCUUUGAGGAAAUAACCGGGAGUCAGCAGCAGCAGCAGCAGCAGCAGCAGCAGCAGCAGCAGCAGCAAAAAGUCAAGCAGCGCAGCUUGCAGAAACUCUCCUCUCGCCAGAGACGCACCAAGCAGGAUGUGUCCAGAAGCAAUGGGAAGCGCCAUCACGGCACACCUACCAGCGCGAAGAAGACGCUGAAGCCUCCAUACCGCACGCCCGAGAGGGCCCGCAGACACAAGAAGGUGGGCCGCAGAGACUCCCAGAGCAGCAAUGAGUUUUUAACCAUUUCCGACUCCAAGGAGAACAUCAGCGUCGCACUGACCGAUGGCAAAGACAGGGCCAGUGUCCUGCCACCUGAUGAGAGUCUGCUGGACCCUUUCGGUGCCAAGCCUUUUCAUCCUCCAGACUUGUGGCACCAGCCCCAUCAGGGCCUGAGCGACAUCUGCGUUGAUCACAACACCAUUUUGCCUGGGAGGCCACGACAGAAUUCAGUACAUGGGUCGUUCCACAGCGCAGACGCAUUGAGAAUGGAUGACUUUGGUGCCGUGCCCUUUACAGAACUCGUGGUGCAAAGCGUCACUCCGCAACAGUCCCAGCCGGUCGAACUAGACCCCUUCGGUGCUGCUCCAUUUCCUUCUAAACAGUAGACACUUGAGGUGGACUCAGCAAUAA